CUUGGAUUUCGUGAAAAAUCAAAGACAACUUGUUUUGUGGUAUUCUUCACAACCAUCUUCACAACCAUAUACAUCACCCUUGGAAUAUGCAACAGAAUCAAAAUCAUGCAACUCAACAGCGCAAAUUUCGCUUCAAUGUUUCCUGACAAUGUCUAUGAUGUUGAGGAACUUUCCCCUGAUGAUCGUAUCCUGUUUGCGCAGAAGUACCGGGAAUAUCUCCGCCGCAUAGCGCAAGCAGCAAUAUGGACCACCUGCAUCUACUUUGUAGUGCGGUUGUUUUUCACCUUGACAACUCCGGACCGAACAUGGAAGAUGUGGGUAAUGCUUGGCAUUGAGGGUCUAUUUGGUCACAUAUCCUUGAACCGCCAACGCUUGUCCUUAGCCGCAACAACAAAGCCCCCACACCGGUCACCCCGCAAGAGAUUACGCAGUAAUAAGAAUCUUCCCAGAGUCGACGUGUUGGUAACAUGCUGCGGAGAGCCAGUGGACAUCAUAUUGGACACAGUCCGAGCAGCAUGUGGCCUAGACUAUCCAGCUUCGCGGUUCCGAGUCCGGAUUCUGGAUGACGGUGGAUCGAUAAACCUGCACGACGCGAUUAUGAAGCUCAACACGAAGUACACUCACCUAUCCUAUCACACUCGCGGCAAACAAUCCGGGAAAUCCUUUGCCAAAGCAGGCAACCUCAACUACGCCCUGUUCUCCCUACAAACCGAAGACCCGCCAGAGUUCUGCACAGUCGUCGACGCAGACUCCAUCCUGAUGCCAGAAUUUCUACGUGCAACACUGCCCCAUCUACUUGCAGACCCAGAGGCAGCAUUACUCACCACGCGACAGUAUUUCUAUAAUCUGCCCCGCGGCGAUCCUCUCUCCCAGUCGCGGGCUUACUUCUAUACGUGUGAGAAUAUGGAACUCGAUCUUCUCGGCCAUGCACUGGACGCGGGAUCAGGCGCAGUCUUUCGUCGCGAUGCGAUUAUCGACGCGGGUGGAUAUCCGACUUAUUCCUUCUCCGAGGAUUGGCAGCUGUCGUUGAUCCUACGAGGGCUGGGAAAGCGCACGAUGCAGAUACAAGAGGUUCUGCAAUUCGGUCUCGUUCCUACCUCACUUGCUGGUCAUCUCAAACAGCGGAAUCGAUGGCACAUUGGACACUCUCAACAGAUUUCUGUGUUAUUCCCUUCUGUCAACAAGGCGGUUCCAGAGCAUCUGCGUUGGGAUAUUGCUCUUGGAGGGCUGUCUAUCAUGGCAGGUCUUGUGACCUAUUCAAUUGGCUUUGUUGCUCUGCCUUUUCUUCUUGUCUUCGAUGGUGGGUUUAUUCCUGCUGGAUCGGCGUUCGAGGUUAAGAUCCAGCUUGUUCUGGCCAUUGCACAUGUUGCAUCUACAUGGGUAUAUGACUGGACUCGAAGUGCACACGCGGGUGUUCCAUUUGUGCCAUUCGCACACGCAGAGAAUAGCUGGCUGGCUGCCGCCCAUUUAUACGCCAUUGCACGAUUCCAUUUACUUGGAAGCAAGCCAAAGGGAUCUUUUGUUACCGGAAGCACCGCCAAUUCGAGUGAAAACGCCACAUCCAUCUCGUCAUUCCAAAAGGCAUACAGAGAUACUCUUCAAAGCGGUGCUUUGUUGAACAUCUGUCUUUUUAUUACGAGUGUGGGAGCUAUGCUCUUUGCUGUCUGGGUGGCUGUCUCUGGGGAUGGACCGACGAUUCUCCAACUGCUUACCACAAUCGCUUGGCCACCGUUGCUGCACUUGUACUUUUUGGCUAUUGUCAACAAUUGGGUACCCGUUGUUUAUCUCUUCAGUUCCCCGACAUAUCACUCUAGAGACUCUAGAUUGCUCACCACAGAGAAAGGAAUAUCGUACCCACGAGCGGAGGUUGUGGAGGAACUUAGCUCCGACAAGUCUUUCCUCGGCCUCUGCUGCUCCUUUGUGGUGCCAAUUUUUCUUUUGGGGGCGCUAAUGGGCGUUGUGAUAUUAUAG